GCAAGUGCCUCGUUCAAUUGUUAUUUAAAUGUCAGAAAAUAUAUUGCACUAGUGAAAUUAAAUCCUGGGUUUUUGUCAUACAUUAAAGUCCAAAACUCGCAAAAGGAGUCCUCUGAUUUCCUGUGACAACAUUCUGAAGGCUUGAUGUUCACUGCUAUUUCGAACAUGAGCAUCUGAGAAUUACAGCGGAGCGAUUUCUGAACGGAAGGACACUUAAAAAUCAUCAAAAUGUCUGACAAGAAGCCAAAACCUCCCCGGCCCCCAGCCCCAAACCUGCCAGCCAAAAAGCCAGCCCCCACCCAAGCAACCAAAAAGCGCACUCUACCAUCCACGACCAUUUCGAUGAGGUACAACCCUUUGUUGGCCAGUGACGAUGAUGACGACCUCGAUGAUGACAGCAGCAAGGGCAUCAGUUUCAUAACCACCAAAGGGAGUUCAGCCCCACUUGCCAAAUCCACUUCGUUGGAGGGAGUCUCAAAUCCAGCCAAGACAGAGACUAAGCCAAGCAGGCAAGAGGAACUGAAGGAGUCUAUCCUACAGUCCAUGGAUGUCAAUUAUGGCAAACGCAGAGAGGAUGUGCCCCCUGUGAACAAGCCAGUGACUAAGGUUAAAGAGGAGGCUCUGAAAGCCCAGCCCGCAUCACCAAUGUCUAACGAAGCAGAGAAGAAAGCGAUGAUGGCCAAUGACUCAGCUGUAAGAAAGCCAGACAAACCAACUACCAUCACUGGAUUGAUGAAGGUCCCAAAUGCUGUGCUGACAGAAGAUGAGGAGGCAUCCGUUUUACCAGCUGAUAGUGAAGAGGCCAUAAGUGAUCCUCUGACCUUUUUGGAUAAAGUAAUGGAAGAGCAACUCGAGAAGGAAGCUUUAGAGGAAGAGGCUGAACUUGGGAAGAAGAAACAAAAUAAGCCCAGCGUCAACCGGAUUGGGCUAGCAACCCACAAACGGGCUCGGAGCCUGGACUGUGACACCUACAAUGACAGACCAGAGCCUGAAAGAGACACUUUGGAGAUUGAUCCCUGUUACUAUACUGUCCCAGCCCCAUCAGAACUACCGGACGAAGCCAUCAUCCCAAGACCUCUGUCAUCAGGUAGCCCUCACGUCAGACACCGAAAGAUACCCGCUAAGAAUGUGAGCGUCAGUCUGUCAGGACUUCUUCGCAAAGAUGACGAUGAGGAGGAAGAAAAAGAAGCAUCAGUGUCAACACAGAGUUCGAGAUCCACGCUGGACAGCCCCGACGGAGGCAAACAGGAUGUCAUCACAGAGAAUGAACUCCAGAAUAAAAGCCCCAGCACCCCAGGUACCAAAGAAGAAGUAGCCGAAGUGAUUCCUCAGAUCCAGAAGGAGAAGGGAGACUUAGCAGUCAAGGAGGAACCCCAGAAGCCACCAGAUUCUCCCCCAAUCUUCUUUCUGGCCAUCCUCUCCCUCUGUCUGUUUGUUUAUUUCCAGUUUCCCUUGUCCCGUUACAUGAUGGGGUUCUUUGCAGGCAUGGCACUCAUGUUCUACUCAAUGCUGUUUGCUAUCUGGCUGUCUGCUGGGACGAUGUCUCGAGACCGCCGUCCAGCAGAUCGCACUUGGGAUGAGGAAGACUACAGCAUGCUGCUCGUAAUUCCCGGCGCACCACAGUCUGCCUCUGUCUUUCGGUCGAAGGAGCAAAAACGUGUCAUGCACAAGCCGCCAUUCUCUGAAGAUGACUGGGCCAAAUCUCAGGGCUGGAUGAAUGAACUACCCAUGACCUAUGACCCUGACAAUUAUCACACCAGUCAGACACAGUCUGUUUUUGUUCGUUUGGAUGGUUACUCCUUGCGACUGUCCCGACCUAAGCACAAUAUUUCACGCCGCGCAAUGUUUAAUGAGCCAACUAUCCAUAAGGUGGAGUUUGUGCACCAAAGACAUUAUGACAUGCGAGGCAGCAAGGUUUACCUUCUUCCGGAUGGACUGGUAAAAAAACGUCUUUGGAGCAAGAAAUAUCCUAUCUGUAUUGAGCUUCCAAAAAAAAUUGUCUGCGAGGAACGGAAGGAGUCACCUGACACCAACGAUGACACAGAUGCCAAGUCCAUGGGCUUUGACUACAUUAAGAAAGAGGAAUGUGACGAUCGUUUCCUGUUCCUCUUUACAAGGACAAGUCGCGACAAGGAGGAGUGGUAUUGGAAGUUCGACACUGCUGCCAAGUUUGACAAACUGGAACGAGGCCGGCGCCCGAUCCCUACCUUGAACAAAGACGUGUAUCUGAUUGGCGGGGAACUGACUAAGGAAGAUGGGAGCCAGCAUUCUGCCAGGGCUGACCCGGAUGAUAUUGCUGCCAAAAAGGGUACUAUUGACUUCUACCGUUUCAUAGCCAAAGUCCUGCCCAAGGAGAAAGACCCCAAGGAAGCCGUAGUCUCGCAGGGGGUGAACGUGAAGGCAGGGAAUGUGACCUAUGCCAGCCCGGCCAGGCGCCAGCCAAAGCCAGAGAUUAACAGCCUUGGAGCUCCGCCAGUUGAUUGGAUCAACGCCCUUGUCGGCAGAUUCUUCUGGGAUUUCCUGAGAGAGGAGAGCUGGGCUGACUUGGUCAAGAAAAAACUGCAGAAAAAACUCAGCAAGCUAAAGGUACCUUACUUCAUUGAAGAGUUAAAAAUCACAGACAUUGACCUGGGGCUGAAUGCUCCCCAACUACGCCGAGUUUCCAAACCCUAUCUCGAUGGCCGGGGUCUUUGGGUAGAUAUGGACAUGGCAUACGGAGGCUCCUGCAUGCUCUCCAUGACAACCAAGGUCAACCUCUGGAGACUAGGCAAGGGGGAGAAAUACGACCGGGAAAUGACUGAAAUCUCCCCAGUCGAGAAAGAAACCAAAGAGAAAGAGAGACAGGCCAAAAGGCAGCAAGCCUCUCCGGAGAUGAAGACAACCGGUUAUGAAUAUGAAAAGCCCAGGACUCCGUCCCUGGCAGCAUUGGACAGUGAAGAGGAAGACAGUGCUGAAUCUUCGGAUGAGGAAACGGAUGAGACUUUUGUCUCCCCGGAAUCCACCACACCGAGUGCCGAAGCUGAACCAUCCAAAAGCACAGGCAAGCUGAUGCGCAUUGUCAACAAAAUCGCCAGCUCCAAGUAUUUUCAAAGUGCUACCCAAAACAAGUAUAUCAAGAGAGCCAUGGACGAGGUGUCCAAUACACCAGUCGAACUCACAGUCGAAGUCAAACGACUUGCAGGACCACUGUGUGUAAACAUUCCACCCCCACCAACAGAUAGAUUCUGGUACGGCUUCCGAGGCAAACCUUCCCUUUGGCUGUCAGCAAAGCCAAAGCUGGGGACCAGACAAUUCAAUUUCACUCACAUCACGGACUACAUCGAGAGGAAACUAGAGACAGAAUUCCAGAAAGUUUUUGUUCUACCCAACAUGGAUGAUGUUCCUUUGCCAAUCAUGAUGACCAGCAAAGAGUUAGAGAAGACUCUUUUCAAGGCAUCGAAGGACAAGACUGAUGUCGAUUGAAAGUUCCAGUCAUUGUUUCUCUCUCUUGACUCAUUCAGGAGACCAUCGCAGGGCUGGUGCAAUAAUAGUGAGUAAUGGGAAAUCAUUGGUGAUAAUUACAUUUACAGUACUUUCACAUAGGAAACAUUUCUGCAACACUGUCGUAUCCCAGGGUCCCAGAAAAUGAGGCUGGCGACUGUUGCUUCACUAAACGACUAACGAUAUUGACUAGCUUUGUCAUGAUCAGGGGAACCAGCUGGAGAUAUGGUUAGAGUAAAAACAAAAAGUAGACUGGUCACAGUUGUCUUCAUUCAGGAUCAAUGCUUGUGGUGCCACAGGAAUCCAGCCUGGCAUUUCAUGGAGACAUCAUUAUUGUUUUAUCCUGUACAAGUUUUUGAUCUUUUCACACCACUGUAUUAAAAAUAUACACAAAAUUGUUAUUCUGCGGUAAAUAUGAGAAAAAUAAAUGAAAUAAUGUAUGAACUGGGUGUCCAGUUUGGAUAGGAAUCACCAGUAAAUCAGGACACCAAGUAUUGUGUUCCUUUAAUAAAAGCAGUGCAAAGGAACUACUUUUGUGGUUUAUACUAGAACAUUAUGCAGCUAAAUCAAUUCAUGCAUCGUUCUUAUGCUGUUUUAAUUUCAAUUACUUCGUUUAAGUCAACAUAGUAUAAAAGGCAGUUAAAUCACAACAGAUUAAGGCACAUUACUUGGCUUCAAAUUGGAUCUGUAUAUCAUUGCAAGUGCCAUAAAAGCGAUAAAGAUAUUUUUCCAGAAACAGAGUGGCCUUUUUUGCUACUUAAAAGAGUGUAUUUCCUUUCAAUUUCACUGUUUCAUGAAAUGCUUUCUUACAUCAGUCCUGCUGACACGAGUCUCAUGUGGUCAUCACCAAGUUAAAAGUUUAAUGACCCAAAACAGUAACAAAUCACACCCCCAUUCAUGCACUCGCAACAUAAUUAAUCUUAUGAUCUGUUUGUCAGGUAAAAAUACUUUGACCUCUGUAGAAAGAAACACCUUCCCACGGUUGAUUCUCCAUGAACUUUGUAAAGAAAGGUUGCUGGAUUUUUAAAGAUUUCAUUGAAAAGAUGUCAUUUUAAAGAAAGUAUACACCCUAUAAGGAAGGGACAGAGACAAGAUGACUUAAAUUUAAGGAGCAUAUGCUCAGAGAAUGGUGAUAUAGGAGGUUUUGCUGGGAGAAUUGUGUGUUUCUUUUGUUUCAACAACUCAAAGAGCCGGGUUAUUUGGAUCCAUCUUACAGUGGGGGGGGAUUUAAACCCCCUCUAAAACCCUGGCUGCGCCAGAUUCAAUUUUUUGUACCUUUGCAUGCAUGUAAAGACGCUCCUUAUCAUUACAAAUGUGAAGUUUGAUUUCAAUCAGACAUAUGGUUUUGUUGUGACGGACAGCUGAAGUUCAAGGCAACAAGUAUGCCAGCCUGGCGCACUGCCCCCCUCUAAAACCCUGGCUGCGCCAGAUUCAAUUUUUUGUACCUUUGCAUGCAUGUAAAGACGCUCCUUAUCAUUACAAAUGUGAGGUUUGAUUUCAAUCAGACGUAUGGUUUUGUUGUGACGGACAUCUGAAGUUCAAGGCAACAAGCAUGCCAGCCUGGUGCACUGAGCACCAAAGUGGAAAAAGUACACAUUUUGGGCUGACCUUCUUCAGAAAGAUGUGCACUGUGCAAAAAUGGUAUGUUUGAUCUUACAAUAUCGUUGUCAUAAUGACUGCAAAGAGUUAGUCCAAAACUCGGCUAUACUGGAAAAAUGUUGUAGAGGGGCAGAUCCGCCCCCCCCCAGUCCAUUUCAUUAAUGUGCUUAGUUAAGAAGUUUGGGGGGCCGUGAUAUAAUCAAUGUUAUUUUGUUACAUUACAUCAUGUGUAGCCUACACUCAGCUAGAUAUUAUCAGGUAAAUGUAUAAAUCCUUUUAGCAUGGGAUAUUUCUGUUUGAUGCUGAUAAGAAUCUCUGCUGUAAAACAUUCCUGAUUUCACUUCUAUCAAGGAAAAGAUUAUCCUGUUCACUCUCAAAACUUACAAUACUCUGAGUAGUCUUUCUCCAAGCUCUAGUUGAAUUAUUUAAGUGAGAUAUUUUGCUAGCAUUGGAUUUGCAAAAGCUCAUGCACACUUUCUGUUUCAGUCUCAAGUUGUGUUGAAAGAGAUUUCUUUGAUUAUUUUCUGAAAUUUCAUUUGAUUAAUGUUCAUUCCAUGGAAAUUAUUCAUAUACAUAUAUGUUGUAGUAUAUAGUAACAUUACCUUGUUUGCAUUUAGUCGAUUGUUUUUUAAUGAUUUUUAUA